AUGAGGUGGUGGGAAGUGUGCCUUCUGUGCUGUGUUUUAGGCCUUGGCACAGUUUUGGGGCAAGGACCGGAAAAACGUCGGACGGGCAAUGUGUGCAACGCUGAUAUGGACUGUCCGGACAACGCCUUCUGCCGUUCCAGCAGCUACUGCGUUUGUAAAGAUGGCUUCGUCUAUGCAGCGGUCAACAGCACCCACAAGGGCUGCUUGAAAGAGGCCCGAAUCGGCGAAGAAUGCGUGCAGCACAUCCAGUGUCAUUCGACGACUGGCAUCCACUCCGAAUGUACCAACUCUGUAUGCGCCUGCGCAUCUACUGCGCAUUUCGAAGAUGACAGGUGUUACGAAACCGCUGUGAUUGGAGAACGAUGCCUGGUAGAUCAGAACUGCUACCUCGGUGAUCAGAAUAUGGAGCGACAAGCGUUCUGUGUAAGAGGCUACUGUGUGUGUCAGUUGCAAUUCAGCCCUAGGGAUAACGGCACAAGGUGUGUCCGUGACGCUGCUCUAGGUGAGGAAUGCGAAGAUCAGCUCCAGUGCGCUGGACCAGGGCUGGAGUGUAGAGGAACGUGCCGCUGCCGAGACAACUGGGUCGCACACAACGGCACCAAUUCCUGCGUUGAAUCUGUGAAAGCGUUAAACGAGUCGUGCGAGUUCGACGUGCAGUGCGAUGGCUUGGCGGGCGCGCCGGACGCGCGGUCCCCGGGCGCGGCGCUGUGCCUCGGCGGCGUGUGCUCGUGCGGCUACAGCGCGCGCGCCGUGGGCAGCCCCGCGCGCUGCUGGCACCGCCGCCGCCCGGGGCAGGACUGUCGCAGGGACGAGGAAUGCGUGUCUGAAGAAGACGAACCGGGGUACUGCCUCUCUGGUCGCUGUACAUGCAAAACGUGUACUCCCGACGCCCGUGAUUUUGGCGCCGCCAGCACGAUGUCACAACCUCCUCUACUUGUGGCCGCACUCUUGACUCUAGCCGCCAUAUUAAAAUACCAGCUGUGA